UAAUAAAAAAUUAUUCAGCGAUAUAUUAAUACAAUUUAAAUCGAUGUUGAAGUAUAUGUUGUAUUUUUGUUUAGAAAAAUUACAAAUUAAAUUGAAAACUUUACAAAAAUAUACGGCAGACAUUUUAAUAACACCAGAUGACGUACAAGAUCUUGCAAUUUCAUUUAAUGUACCAACUGAAGCACAUUUCAAAACAUUACGAUUAAUCAGUCAAUCAAAUAUAAUUGACAUCAAACAUUAUCCGUUGCCGCGACAAGGAUUAACGAUACGACAAAUAUACAAUUUUCCUGGUGUGACAGUUAAAUGUCAAUUUACGGAUAUUGUAUUUAGUCGAACAAAUUUAUCCAGUUAUAAAUCCAGUGUGACAUUAUCAUCACGAAAAAAUCCAGUUGUGGUUAAUAAAAAAUUAAUUGGUGAUAAAAAAUUGAAACAACUUGAAGAAAAUGAAAAGGAUGUUGCGUUAUCAACGAAAUAUUUAAUGAAUUAUUUUCAAAGUGUGUUUGGAGCGUUUCAACAGGGUGAAAUAACUGGUGUUAAAUAUUUACGAGAUGUUUGUACAGAAUUUGUAAAGGAUAUUGUUUAUAUUAGUCCAAGUAGAAAAGCUAUGGUCAUGAACAGUGAAUUUCAUUGUUCGCUUAGUAAUUACGCUUAUGUUGUAGCACCAAAUAUCAAUGUUAAUCGAAUUUGUCUAAAACACGUAAUCAAUCCAGAAGUAAAAAUCUUGCUAAGCGAACCUGAUACACCUGAUCAAUGCUACUUAAAAUUAAUAUGCAAUUUAUGUAACAUUGACUAUGAUGCAUUCGAUAGCGAACAAACAAUAAAAAAUUUUUCAAAACAUUUAGUACGAGUGCAUGGUUAUUUUGCUGAAGCUCAUACAUGUGUUUAUUGUAAUAAGGAUUUUUCGUUUCAAGAGUUAUUAAAUAAAAGAUGGAUGCAUGAGUGUUAUUCUUAAAUAUUGUAUGUUGACAUUUAUGAUUGUUUUCAUUUAAAAACAUUGUGAUACUAUUGUAUAGUAAGUAAUACAAAUUAAUUGACUUUCAUAUAAUUGUAUUCAAUCUGUUUAUAGAAAAAUAGUCCUAAACAGCAGAGCUCCAUCAACAAAGUCAUGUUUGCUCUUAAUUUAUGCUUCGUAUUAUUUAUAUUCAAUUAGCGACCCGCCCCAGCUUCAAUGUUGAUACUAGAGAUACUACAGAAUGUCUUUAUAUACAAAAAUGUGUUUAUUUACGACAUCACAUUAGGAACCUCUAUAAUUAUCAAUGUUUCUCAUAUAAACCUUCCUCUUGAAUUACUUUAUCUAAAAAAAAAACGCAUCGAAAUCCGUUGUGUAGAAGAUGUAAGCAUGAAUAGGGACAGGCGAGGUGGAGCAGGGAAUGGUUUUUAAGUUAGGACUGGAUGAUUUGAUCCAAAUUUUAAGUUUUGGCUAUGUCUAUAGGUACUGUGAA